AUGAAGUUCACAUCAGCUUUAUUAACCUUUCCACUUUUGAUUUCGUUGGUUAGUGCUGGAGUAAUUCGACGAGAUGCCUUAGCCGAAUCUGAACCAAAAUCAUCCGAAUACGAAAAACCCGCACCACCGGAAUACGAGGCCAAACCACCAACUGAAUACGAGGCCAAACCACCAACGGAAUACGAGGCCAAACCACCAACGGAAUACGAGGCCAAACCACCAACGGAAUACGAGGCCAAACCACCAACGGAAUACGAGGCCAAACCACCAUCGGAAUACGAGGCGCCCAAACCACCAACAUCGGAAUAUGAAAAGCCCGAGACCGUCAAAGAAUACAAGAGAGAUGCCGAACCUCACAAGCAAAAGCAUCAUGAUUAUCACAAAGGUUACAAGAGAGAUGCCGAACCUCACAAGCAAAAGCAUCAUGAUUAUCACAAAG